AUGAUGUCUACAGAAAACUACGAAUUCGAUCCGAGUUAUCGCGGUCAAACAGGAACGAGUAUAGGAGUGUCAACUGUUGGCUUCCGUUCCAAUAAAUACAAUCCGAAUGAAUGGCAUGAAAAUAACUAUGCCAAAUAUUAUCAAGCAUUUAAUGAUCGAGAUGGAGCAGAAAAACAGCGUUGGCAGGCAACACGAACUGAAAACGAGACAUUAGCACUCUCUCAUCAAACGCAAGCGUUAUCAACCAAAAAAUUACAGCAGCGUUUGCAUGAUGUCAACUUUUGGAAAUUCGAACUGAAUCGAAUGAUCGAAGAUGUUCGAAAUGAAACCGACCUAUUGGUAGCACAAAAGAAACGUUUAACAAAUGCCUUAGAUGCCACCGAAGCUCCGCUUCACAUUGCCACAGAAUCGCUGGCCAACCGCGAUCGUCGAUAUGGUGAAGAUCGUGUUUACGAUGGAGUCGAAGUUGCACUUAUGAAAGAAGUUGAAAUUAUUAAUAAUGUACAAAAUCUUCUGCGACAAACAAUCAUGACUGCUGAACAACAAAUCAGAGCAAAUCGUAAUGCGAAACAAAAUCUCGAAAUGGAUUGGAGUAACAAAUACGAAGCCUCCAUUGCCGAUGCCAAAGCAACCAAUCGUCGAAAUGAAGAUGUUGAUAUCAUGUUCUAUCCAGGUGUUGCUCGACACUAUGAUAAUCAAUCAACACCGGAAUCUUGGGCACAAAACUCUCACGAUAAUAUUGUCAAUGGUCAAAAUCAACUGAUGGCUUCAAUUCAAUUACGUUCGUUAAUCGACAGUAUACUUGUUGAUACAGCACGCGAUAUGCGUGAACAAGCGGAUGUUGUCGAAACAGAAUUCGGCAAACGCAUUGCAGAAGUAUCAGAUGCAUUGCAAAAGAUGACGUACAACAUGCGCGAAACACUGAAAGCUAUUGCUGAAAAUGAGAAGAAGAUCGAUAUGUUACGAGCAUCGAUUCGUGCUAAAGAAGCACCAUUGAAAGUAGCUCAAACUCGUUUGAAUGAUCGACGUGCUCGACCAGGUAUUGAGUCUUGUCAUGAUCCAGCUCAAGAUCACAUAAUUGGCGAAGUCUAUCAAAUAUCACAAUCUAUUGAUAGUUUAACUGGCGAAUUACGUGAAACCGAAGAAAAUUUGAAGAAGCUUCGAGAUGAUCAUCAAGUUCUUGUCAAAGAGAUCGAAAUGAAAAAGAAUACUCUCUACAUUGAUCAACAAAAAACCAUGCCAGUACGUAUGCGUUAUCCAACUACUCAACGUUUACUUGGUUAUAAUGCCUAA